GAUUUUGAAACAAAUGUAUAUAUAACGCUUCAAUACAAUGGUUGGUCAUCGCCGUGCCGUGCCCCAGGGUGAGAUGUUCAUCCUUGCGUGCCUCAUUGGGCUCAUUCCUUUGCUGUCACGGGUUGUACCUGACAUUCAUCUGCAUGGUUAAUCGGGAGAAUCUCCUGUUUGGAUACCGCACUAAAUUCAUUUCGAUACGCAACGAAAGACGCUUGUACUCCUCCAACUAUUGUUUGGCCAGCAUCAGGACCAUGGCACAAACUAACGUAAGGCCGAGGGAAAUAUAUCACAGUCAGGCAGUAUACGUCGGCCGAAACCGGCUGCUUGAAAGACCAACUAGAGCUGAGAUGCUACUUUGGGGGAAACCCUCUUUGAAGUGCCAUUGGUGGGCGUUCGCAGCUCCGUUACCUGGGUAUCCACGAAGAUUUGACGUGCGAAAAGCAAAAACAUAUCCAGUGCACCUCCCCAGGUAUCGGCAUCGUUUCUGUCAUGAUUUACGAACUCGUUGUCGGCCUCGUGCCACUUCAAUUCAUCUUCCUGUGGGGAGCGCGCUUGGGUGCCAGUCGGUCAUGGGAGCCCCUGCCAGCGCAGGAAUAACUGAUGGGAUGCCCACCACGUCUUUCUGCUAUUGCCAUAGCUAUCACAGGUGCAAACAAGAAUCGUACAAAUGCUCACUUGGGGCGGCUGGUUGUUAGCGGUCAUGCAUGCUCAUGCUGGGGGGGCGACAAGGGAGCGGGCGGUCACCGAUGUCAUCGCCCCAAUUUGAGUGCUCCCUCCCAAACCAUUCCUCGACAAACCAAUAAACCGUGAAAAUGGGGACACACCUGUCGAAAAUCACGGUAGCCGAAAUCGCCAAGAUCUUUGCAUCACAUCCGAAUGCUC